ACUUCUUUGCGCCUAUUACCUGUCCGACUCUCCUGCAGUGCACACCUCUGUCCCUGGCUCUGGUCACCGCGUGCUGCAGCCACACAUCCUGUUUCGGCUCCAUCAGUGCCCAGUGUCUGCCCGGGUGCUCACACAAGCCUGUCUGAGCCGCCUCCCGCUGCACUCAAGCACCACCGCCGCUGUCUGAACUCUCCUUUUUGCUAGAUGAGGCAAGAGGCCUAAGGCAGCACUCCACAACCUACCUCCAUCCACAGUCCUAAAGUGCUAUCACAAGUUCAUCGUUGACAGUGGAAAACAUGGGGAAAAACAGUAAGAUGGACAGUGGAGGACAAGCAAGCUCCCCUGAGGAAGAACCUCCUAGGGAUCCAGGUUUGGCCAAAUACCAUUCAUACACCAAUGAAGACUUGGAAGGACAUCGUGCACACUCCAUUUACUUGGGUGUGCAUGUACCAGGGGCUCGUCGAAGGCCUCGCCACCGCCAUCACCGCCACCAUCACCACCACAAGAGUUCUUCUAAGGAUGGCUCUGAAAACCGACCAGUGACUCCCCCUAGCCAACGGGUGCAGUUCAUCUUGGGCGAGGAUGAUGAUGAUGAUGGCACUCACCUCAGCCAUCCACUCUUCAGUGAGAUGGAGACACUCACUGAGAUGGAAGGUGGAGAGCUGGAGUGGAAGGAGACUGCUCGGUGGGUUAAGUUUGAGGAAGAUGUGGAGGAAGGAGGAGAACGGUGGUCCAAACCUCAUGUGGCAACACUCUCACUCCAUUCUCUUUUUGAGUUGCGGUCAUUUCUCCUCAAUGGCACUGUCAUCCUUGACAUGGAUGCCUCAUCUCUUGAGCAAAUCACUGAUCUCUUAUUGGACAACAUGAUAAAUCAAGGACAGUUAACUUACGAAAGCAAGGAAAAAUUCAAGGACGCUCUCCUGCGCAAGCAUAAGCAUCUGUAUGAGAAGCAGAAGAACAGCAAAGAAAAUGGCAACAUGUCCCGCUUACCUCUGAUCCGCAGUCUUGCUGAGAUUGGGCGUAACCAUUCAUCUUCCAAAAGUGGAAACAAUGCAAGUGUCAUGUCUAAUCCUGAGGGAACAAUGGAGCAAUCUCCGUCCUCAGGCUCCAUCACUCAAAACCACAGUGCUAACAACUUAGAUGGCCCUGAGCAUAAGGGAAACACUCACUUUAUGCGAAAAAUUCCACCGGGUGCUGAAGCUUCCAACAUACUGGUGGGAGAGGUGCCCUUCUUAGAUAAACCAGUUACUGCUUUUGUGAGGCUCACUAAUAGUGCUAACCUUGGCAAUCUGACAGAGGUGCCUGUCCCAACAAGAUUCCUCUACAUCAUCCUUGGUCCUGUUGGUGGUUUGCCAAGGUACCAUGAAAUUGGUAGAGCAAUGGCAACACUCCUCAGUGAUGAGGUGUUCCAUGAUGUGGCUUACAAGGCAAAGAACAGAAGUCACCUCCUUGCUGGUAUAGAUGAAUUCCUGGAUGCUGUAACAGUUCUCCCUCCAGGAGAAUGGGACCCAGCCAUAAGGAUUGAGCCACCUGCAGCCAUUCCUUCUCAAGACACACGAAAGAAGAAGCAGCCAGUGGAGGUUAUUGAUGAAGAGGAGGAAGAAAGGAAGUUGCGAGAAGAAGCUGGACUUACUCGCUCUGGGAAGAUAUUUGGUGGUCUUAUUAAUGACAUAAAGAGAAAAUCACCAUGGUACCUAAGUGACUUCAAAGAUGGCAUAUCCAUCCAGUCUAUUGCCUCCAUCAUUUUCAUUUACUUUGCCUGCCUUACUCCAAUCAUUACCUUUGGAGGUCUUCUUGGUGAAGCCACAGAAAACAGAAUUGCUGCAUUGGAGUCUCUUGUUGCUGGAUUGGUCUGUGGAGUGAUCUAUGGUUUCUUCUCUGGUCAACCUUUAACCAUUUUGGGAUCAACUGGUCCUGUACUGGUGUUUGAAACCAUCUUGUAUGACUUCUGCAGGACCAUGGAAUGGAACUAUCUUUCAUUCCGUUUGUGGAUUGGUUUAUGGAGUGGUCUCAUCCUGUUAAUCUUGGUAGCUAUAGAUGCAUCAGCCUUGGUGUGCUUCAUCACUCGCUUCACUGAGGAAAACUUUGCCACCUUGAUUGCAUUUAUUUUUAUAUAUAAGGCUGUGGAGAAAGUUAUGAAAAUUGGGCACAAGUAUCCUAUGGAGACAAAUGUUGAUGUCAAUAAGAGUUGUAUAUGUGUGCCAUUCAAUGAAACAGAAGAUGUAAUGGACUCUACUGACUGGAGCAACAUGACAAGUGAAACCUGUACUGAAAUCUACAAUGGCACCAUGAAGGGAGAAGGACCCGAAUGUGUGCACUAUUAUGCUGAUGUGUACUUGAUGAGUCUAAUGCUCUUCUUUGGUACCUUCCUUAUUGCUAUAUAUCUUAAGGAUUUCAAAUCUGCUGCCUUCUUCCCUGCUAAGGUAAGUUUUUAAUUCCGUCAGAUCAUCAGUGACUUUGCUGUUAUUAUUGCCAUUUUGGUUAUGAGUGGAACUGACUUUGCUGUUGGAAUCCACACCCCAAAGCUGGAGGUCCCUUCAGAGUUAAAACCAACAUGGUCUGGCCGUGGAUGGCUUAUUCCUCCCUUCAGUGGUAACCCUUGGUGGACUUCCAUUGUGGCUCUAGUGCCUGCUCUGUUGGCCUGCAUUCUUUUGUUCAUGGACCAACAAAUCACUGCUGUUAUUAUCAAUAGAAAAGAGCACAAACUCAAGAAGGGUGGUGGUUAUCAUCUUGAUCUCUUCAUCCUGGCCUUUUUGACAAUAAUCAAUUCCAUCUUUGGUCUGCCAUGGUUUGUUGCUGCAACUGUGCUCUCCAUCAAUCAUGUCAAUUCUUUGAAGCUAGAAUCUGAGUGUGCAGCCCCCGGGGAGAAGCCUCAGUUUCUGGGUGUUAGAGAAAACCGCUUGACUCACAUAAUUAUUUUUGCAUUGAUUGGAUUGUCUGUAAUCAUGACACCAAUUCUUCGUAAAAUUCCCAUGCCUGUACUCUUUGGUGUGUUCUUGUACAUGGGUAUUGCUGCACUGAAGGGCAUUCAGCUGUUUGACAGAAUCCUCAUUAUGUUCAUGCCAAUCAAGUAUCAGCCAGACUACUCCUUCUUGAGACAGGUUCCCUUGAAGAAGGUUCACUUCUUUACUGCGAUCCAAGUGGCUUGCCUGGCAGUGCUGUGGGUGAUCAAAUCUUUCAAGCAAACAUCCAUUCUCUUCCCACUUAUGUUGGUAGUAAUGAUUGGUGUCCGGAAAUUACUGGAUUGGGUCUUUACUCAACGAGAGCUCAAAAUAUUGGAUGACACUCUGCCAGAAUUCAGCCGCAAGAAGAUGAUGGAAAAUUCAGAUGAUGAAGAAGAUGAGGAGAAGCUCGGGAAAGAAACAAGUGAAGGUAUGAUGACUAUUCCUCUUGCUAAUGGCAAUGUGAUGAAAGUUCCACUGAAUCCCAUUAACAUUUCUGAGGAGAUGAACAAGAGUGGUGUUUGGAUGGAUAUCAACAAAGACCAAGAGAAGAAACCUAACUCACCAACUAAAAACAAUGAGGAUAGAAGCCGUAGCAGCUGCAAACGUUGUCGCCGACGCAAGAAGAGCCGUACUAAUGAUGAAGUAAAUGGGGUGGCCAAUGGGCAUGCAAGUGAUGUGGAAAUGAAUGGUACCUUUGUGUGUGCAGACCACUCAGAAAAUGAGUGUAACACAAAGGAAAGCAGAUUGGAUUAUGAGAACGAGUCUUGUCAUUUCACAAAAAAGCGUGGCCACAAAAGGGAUGCACUCAAUGAAGAUGAGAAGAAACGACUUAGCAUGAUGGCAGAAGAGGACGAGGAGGACGAGGGGAUAACAAUCAAGGUGACCAAGUCAUAAACUGUGGCGGAAUCAGCUAACUUUGUAUUGUAGUUGGUACACCAACAAGAUGAUGGUGACUAUCGACAAGGCAUAUUCUGCCUUGUAAAAUUUAUGACAUCAGAAGGAACAAAUGCCUGUUAUUGAUGUAAUGAAGCCUCCAACCUCAAGCCAUCUUUUAGGCUUCUGUUGGCUGAUCUAGUCACAAGUGCAGUUAUAAGACACAUAGCUGAAGUAUGGCAUGGGUGUCAGAACUAAAUAUGAAGUAUCUUAAAUCACUUUGGUGGUCAUACAUACAAAGUAUUUAUACUGUAUUGUAGAUUUAAGGGUAUGAGAAAUACAAAUUAUGUGAGAUGCUGAAAUUUUAUAAUGAUCACAUUUAUCAGUCAGCUAUACUGGGUAAUGAAAUCAUCAAAAAGUGAUGAUCUACACCCAUAUCUGUCCAGUUCAGUUAUGUGAAUUAUUUCUUCUGGCACACAAGUUAUAGUCCUUUCCAUCAACCAGGAGUAAAGUUGCCCCCAGUCCUAGACUCAUUGUCUUGAUUUUAUAAGCAGAUUUCUAAUUUAUUUUAUGUUAUGUAUUGCUAUUUAUCUGUUUUUAGUAUUUCAUAGGCAUGUACAUAAUUUGCUCCUGGUUUUGGAUUUAGACUGGUGCAAUACUGAGACUGUUAGUCUUGAUGUACUGUUUACACUCCUUGGUUCUGUAUUCACUGUGUAGAACUUGCAGUUUUCUUUAUUUAUAUUUUAUUGUUUAGUUAUUGUGAUUAUAUGGAUCAAUGAGAAAUAGAAUCCCAUCUCAAUUUCUCUCUCUCUCUCUCUCUCUCUCUCUCUCUCUCUCUCUCUCUCUCUCUCUCUCUCUUUAAGGUUCAGUGUUGAUAGUAUCAUCUCAACUACUGAAACAUUCAUGAGGUGGAAAUUAGUAUUUCUGCAUUAUUCCAAAAUAUAAAUCCUUAAUAAUGAAAUGGAGCUUCCCUGCAUGUUUUCCAUAUCUGUUCACACACUGAUGGAAUGAUAAUAGCAAUAAAUACAUUAGUUUGUCUGACUAGAUUAUUAUGAAACUAACUUAUUAAACAACAUCAGAUAUUGUCUCUCUAGUUCCGGAGGUCAUGUACUCAGAGGUUCCCUACAUAAUCUAAAUUUAGGUUUUGUAUAUAUAUACAAUAAAGGAGUUAAGAAUAUAGAGCA